CAGACACAAACGUCAUGGCUGCGUAGUGUUUACUAUCAAAUACUGUGUAUAAUUUUCAAGUCUUGUUCUCUUCUCGUCAUCUCGUCAAAAUUAUUUUAACUUUAUUACCAAGAACUAUGUCCAAACGAUCCCCCCGAUCUGAAUUACCUCGCGAUGCGCAUGUGAUGCAGGCGCUGCGCCGCGAGCUCCAUCGCAAUUCGCGCCAGAUAACGCAGACAUUUUGGCAGGAAUUCGAGCAGAUACGCAAUCGGCAGCGCAAUCAGCUGAUACAGGAGCGCAACGAUCGCGAACGGCUUUCCCUGAUGAUGCGCGACGCGAAUCUGGAGACACAGCAGCAGGCAGAGGCACUCAGUCGCAGCAUCAGCUCCCAUGGCGUUAAUCCGAUCGCGCCGUCGCCACGCAUGCACCGGGAUACACCUGCCAUAAUGCCCACGCCUGAGGAGAUAACGAAGGAGCUUAAGAACUCGCCGGUGUUUAGGCGGCCAAAGGGCGUGGCCAAUGCGACCAACGAUUCGCCGAUACGCCAGCUACCUUCAACCUCAUCGAAUUUGCCGCGAGCCCCACCCUCAUCUAGGAUGACCGUUAUCCCGGACACACCCAACAUGCGUACGCCAGCCAGAUCGAGCCCGACCAUUUCCAAGCUGCAGCUGGCCUCGAAACCCAAGAAGUGAACGCUCAUUGAAACCUAGUUUUAUUUUCAAUUGAAUCGCUAUCAAUAAUUAUUAAAGAAGAGCUCAUUAUCAAUUGCA